AUGAAGGCUACGAGAUCUCUCACAUAUGCCGUCAAAAAUAGUGUCGUUUCUCCAACACUGUUGUUAAGAAGUCACUCAAAUCCAUCUCCCAGUUUUUGUGAAUGUGGAUCAUGUGUUCAUGAAGAAGUCCUUGUCAAUGUAUUACCUGAUAAAUUGUUCACCGUUAAACCCGGAAUACUGGUAGCCGCAAUCAAUAAAUUAGUCGAAUACAUAUCAAAGCAAGAACUUGGCUCUAACGGUUCUAUCCACUAUACUUUUAACAAAAUCAAUAAGUUGACUUCCAAUUCGGUUGGAAACGAACAAGAUUGGUGGGACAAUCUAUUCUUUAUAGAAGGUGAGAAGUCGAAGUCAUUAACACCAUUUACCCUUAUUUUUCGGGCGCUAAUCCACUUCGAAGACUUCUAUGCUAAUAAUCAGACAAACAACUUGACUGAAGUCAUUAAUAUUUGUCGAUCAUGUAAUCAUAAAAAAGGAGCAGACUACAGAGCAGGUCGUUUAAAAUUUUAUAUUGGAUUGAGUUCAUAUAUCAACAGUAUUGAUGUGUUUUGUUGGUCCGCUGGUUCACGUGAUAUCGCCUUUGAAUUAGCUCUAGCUUGGAGUAACCUUCUCAUAAAUGAAACUAGUUUGCAACAUACUGGUUGUAGUAAUCUUGCUCCAGAAUCAUUUGGUGUAAUUGAAAAUUGGGCUGAAUAUUUAUCGACAGGGAAAUUAAGUUCAAAAUCUUCCAGAUUUAUUCAAGUAGAACCAGACCAUUCUAGUAUUUUCCAGGAGCUUGAUUCGUCUGCAUGUGAAAAUCCUGUACAUCUUACUGCAAAAGAGAUCGUAAUAACCAGAAAUCUUGAGGCAGAAACGAUGGAAAAUAAUGCUUUCAACUACUCUAGAUAUAGAUCGAUAACUUUAAUCAUUGAUACUGGUGAUUCGUGUAUCAUAGAAGAAAAACUGAAGAAUACAAAUUCUGAUUUGUACAAAUUAAGCAAGGUAUGGGAAUCUGUAGUUGCUAAAAAACUGGAAAGUGAGAAUACAAUUGUGUAUCAGAUUGGCAAACCACUUGAUUCAUUGGUGGAAUCAAUCAACAAGUUUUGGGGAAACAAUCGAUGUACGAUAUGUUCAGAAAGUAUUAAUGUAAAUGCUAAUUCAGUCCCCGUUUGUUAUUUUUCAACCUUGCCCAACUAA